GCUAGAUUUUCAUCCCGCUUCUAGGCAAGAACUUAUCAAGCUACCUACAGCUCUCCUAAAUUUUGUGAAGUACGGUAUGUGGCAGUGGUUUGAAACAUUCAUGUAACGAUAACCUCUGAAAGAAAUAAAGCCCGUUCUAUGUCUAUGGGGGCCAUUGGCAUCUGAUUAUUUUUAGACAGCAGAACAAAUCUUUAUAGCAUUGUUGAUGCUCUUGCUUGCAGAACAGAGAUGAAAGGAGACUACAUACUUGAUUAAACAGAUCACAUUCCGCUGCAGAAGAGUUUGGUGUCCUCUACGAAGUGAUGUGUUUAUGUAUUUUUUCCUCUCUGUAUAUUUAUUCUGUUAGAAGUGUUGACAAUAAUUUGCAGGUCCCGUAGUCUCUAAAAGUGAUAUUCCUGGUUGGUGUGGUGUUUGGAUACCUGCUCUGUAUUGCAGGCUGUACUCACAGGAGAGCAGUGAGACGUCUGACCCUCAGGAGUGCGGUGUUGGUUUCUGGCCUUCCUGCUUUGCUCUCAGUGUAUGUUUCUGUUUCUAGAGCCACGCUGCUGUGCCAGCACGCUUGUUGUUGUUUAGCAAAAUAAACAGGGAUGUUUAUUCACUGGCACAUAAACCAACUAGCUAUUGAUUUAUGUGCCAAGCCUGCCGUGCAUGCAGAUAACUGGGGGGUGGGGGAGGGGGAAGGGAGCUGUGUUUUUAAUUUUUAUCUGAAAUUUAACAGUAAAGAAAACGAUUUUCUGUGGAAAUAGCUUAUCUUUUCUCUUCAACAGCACGGAGAGCCUGAACCUGGGGGGGAAAUCAGCCAUCAAAGUGCGUGCACUGUUGUGAAAUGUCCUUAGCAGAACGUGGCAGCGGAGGCAGUGCCCGGUUGGAAAAGACACCUUUCACAUCUACAAGAAGAAUCACGAUGUGACCAAAACUCGGAAGGGAAAGACAGAGCAGCUUCUCAGAGUCGAUGACCAUGACUUCACCAUGAGGCCAGCUUUUGGAGGCCCUGCAAUUCCUGUUGGGGUGGAUGUGCAAGUUGAAAGCUUGGACAGUAUUUCUGAGGUUGACAUGGAUUUCACCAUGACUCUGUACUUGAGGCACUACUGGAAGGAUGAGCGUCUCUCGUUUCCCAGCACCACCAACAACAGCAUGACCUUUGAUGGCAGGCUGGUGAAGAAGAUCUGGGUCCCAGAUGUCUUUUUCGUGCACUCCAAAAGGUCCUUCAUUCAUGACACAACCACAGACAACAUCAUGCUGCGAGUGUUCCCUGAUGGUCAUGUCCUCUACAGCAUGAGGAUCACAGUGACAGCCAUGUGCAACAUGGACUUCAGCCGCUUCCCCCUGGACUCUCAGACGUGUUCUCUGGAGCUGGAAAGCUAUGCUUACACUGAUGAAGAUCUGAUGCUGUAUUGGAAAAAUGGGAAUGAAUCUCUGAAAACGGAUGAGAAAAUUUCUUUGUCUCAAUUCUUGAUACAGAAAUUCCACACUACAUCAAGACUGGCUUUCUACAGUAGUACAGGUUGGUACAAUCGUCUCUACAUAAGCUUCACUUUACGCCGACACAUCUUCUUCUUCCUGCUCCAAACCUACUUCCCUGCCACUCUGAUGGUCAUGUUGUCCUGGGUGUCUUUCUGGAUCGAUCGCAGGGCAGUUCCUGCCAGAGUCUCUUUGGGGAUCACCACCGUGCUGACCAUGUCUACAAUCAUCACUGGGGUGAACGCCUCCAUGCCCCGCGUUUCCUACAUCAAAGCAGUGGACAUUUACCUGUGGGUCAGUUUUGUGUUCGUCUUCCUCUCGGUGCUGGAAUACGCGGCAGUGAAUUACCUGACCACAGUGCAAGAGAGGAAGGAGAGGAAACUUCGGGAAAAGUUUCCUUGCACAUGUGGGAUACCUCAUUCAAAAACUAUGAUGCUGGAUGGAAACUACAGUGAAUCAGAUGCCAACAGCCUGGCAGGUUACCCAAGAAGCCAGAUGGUCCCAGAAGAAGAAAAACAAGAAAAGAUGGUUGUGCACUUAGCCAUGAGCAAUGCCUCUAACUCAUCAAGGAAGAGAGGCCUGAAAGGCCACGUGGGCUUGCGCAUCAUCCAGAACACUCAUGCAAUUGAUAAAUACUCCAGAUUAAUAUUUCCAGGCACUUACAUAUUUUUUAAUUUGAUAUAUUGGUCUGUCUUUAGCUAGGCAUGCUGGCACAGCAGUGACUGAAGCAAAAGAGAGUUACAAAACUUUCUUUGUUAGUACUUCUUAAAGCCCAGUUCGGGUGCAAAUGCAGAAAACUGAUAAUUUUACUAGAAAACUGAUCAUUUUACUGCUGCUUUGGAGAAUGAAGAGGAGGACACUUCCAACCAUGGGCAGCUCCAUGCACAGGCAUCAUGGAGGAGCUUAUUCUGCUCGCUGCUCUCUAACCCACACUCCAGCUCUCCUUGGCUUUGUGGUACACACAGUUUCUCAUACUUGAAAAUUUGUGCUCUCUGUUUGCCCAGAAGGUGCUGUACGUGUGUCUGGGGCUUGCAACAUUGCAGGUGAAGUGGACUACCACAGACACAGACUGUCCUGGGGGAUUAGACACAUGAAAGGGUGUGCAUUAUAUUUCUUUCCAUUGACUUAUGAACAAGACAGCCUUUUAGGGUCCAACUCGCAUUCUCUAUGGACAGGGCCUACAUUAAUACCAGAAGGAACACUGGCUGACCAAAGUGCUGGUGGUAUGUUUGAGUGGGUGGUCUUUUUAUUUUGAGAUGUGAAGUAAAGAGCAGUGAUAAAGCAGAGUGAAGAAGCCCACAAACUCAUAGAAGAUGUCUCCCAGGGUGCAUGGGUUAUUAAAACGGGGAGCUUUAGGGCUUAAAUGUGCUUCCAUAUAACAUAAGUGCAACAUGUUAUUUGCAGUUGCUGCCUUCUCUAAAAUGAGUUGUGAAACUUGUGCGUAGCAUGCAUGGUCACCACAUGGGAAUGAGCAGCAUCUCUGAGACCCAUCACCUUCUCCAGAAGCAAAAAAGUGUCAAGGGCAGUGCUAGUAGUGUUCAAAGAUCUUCCUCAUCCCUGUGAGGAAAGCACAGCUCACAGAGAAACUGUAUAUUCCAACAUGCUUCUUUCUCCAAAUCAACACAUUGCCCUUUUGUUUAGAGCUUUUGGAUUGAGGGGGAGAGAUGCCUGCCAGAAUAUCCUUCUGCAGAAGCAUAGGCAUGCCAGAGACUGAGGCAGCCAAGAAUAAUACUGUGGGAUUCAAUGAAACCCUCUCUGGCCUCUGGCUCCAAGGUCAAUGUAAGCCCUUUGAAGCAGCUGGAGAGCAUUGUAACAAGCCUUGGUACUUGGCUUUUCAUUUUUCACGCCAUUAUGUCAGCUGAAAAUGCUGAGAACAAAACCCAAGUCUAUCUACAUGAUAGCAACUAGACAACGUUGGCCAGGUUUGCACACCUUUUGUUUCUGAAGAGCAUCAAGGCUUUCUGGCUGUGGAAGAGAGUAUGCUCAUCAAAAUGUUUGCUGUCAAGCUGAAAUGCAGCAGAAUGGACAGACACUGAAGCAUAAAGACCCACGACUGAAGCUUGACACUGAUUCAAUGAUAACAUUCAAUUAUACAUGUGACUGGGGUUGAGACAUGAAAACUCAACUAAAUCACAUUAAUGUAGGGAAAAAACAAACACCUGAGAUCUCAAGGGAUAUAGAAGCAGGCUGGGAAUUGCCACCUCUAGACUGUCAGCAACACUCAGAAUUUUCUUUGUGCCUCAGAUAUUGCUGCCUAAGUCACACCAGUGGUCACACUUAUUUACUGGAAACAGAAGAGAACAGACCAACUAAAACGAGGAACUACAUUUCCCUGUUCAUCAGCCACAGUAAUAACUGGAUUUAACGGAGUUCUGCAUGGAUGUAAAAGUAGGAAAGUACAGCCCUGAAAUCACUGGAGAGAAGGGGAGCUAUGGGAGGGCAGCAUCUGAGAGGAAGGCUCAUCCUGCAUCCCAGCCUGACAUUUCUCCCCUGAGCCAUUGGAUUCAUACAUUUACCACUCAUCACCCUUGAAGCUGAAACCUGGAUAGUUUUUGCAUCAGCAGGCGAAGAUAACUGUAUUAUAGAGACAAAAAUCACUAAAGAGAAAGCCCUCUCAACUUUUGAGAAGCUAAAGCCUGGAUGAAAUAGGAUGGACCUUUUCAGUAUUAGCAGCUUCAAGCAUGAGACAGCAAGCAGCACAGCGCUGAGGCGAUCAAGGGGAGCUGGCAGAAACCUUUGCUGUGGGAUGAAUGCUGCAGAAGCCAGUAGGGCUGCACUGCUGGGAACUGGGACUGGUGCUGCUAUCUUCCUACAUAAUGCAUACACAUGGGUUCAGCCUCCUAGUGCCUCUGCUUCUGUCAGGAAAAUGGGAAGCAAUGACAUCUACCUACCUCAGGAGGUGAUGAGGGGUUUAAGUGACUUAGGGAACGCAUGUACAGAGCAGUUAUGAUUUUUGAACAGGACUACCUUACUGUUAUUGUGUAUGUUGGUGUACAUGACUGAUAGAGUGGUGUGUACUGGAGCAUUCAUACCCAUUUCUACAGCAUGUAUCAUCAUCGAGGGUAUAUUUCCACUAAUGAAAAAGAAAAUCUCUGUCUUGAGCACCACUUACAACUACUACUCAUUAAACAACAGAUGAAAAACGUAGAUGUGAAUAAAACCAAGACAACCACCUCUGCCAGGUUAUGAAUUUUGUUUUUCUGAUUGUUAGGAGGAGCCUGCCUAGACAUGAAGCUAGAGUAAAUAUAUGAUACCGAGAAGUAAUUUCAACUCUCAUUUCUCCUGAGUUACAAGAGACUUCACGAGCACUAACUUGCAGCCACAAGAUCCAACCAGUGUUUUGGAAAAUAGUGCCUGAAGAAGCUGGGCUCUAACAACUGCAUGAUGGACACAGCCCAGUUCUGUAAAGCACUGAGCAUCUGGACAAUUAACCUACCAAAGGACAGGUUGUCCAGAAGUGCAUAAGGGAUUUGGGGAAAUAAAGCCUACUAAUGAGUA